GUUUGAGUUUGUGGAUAAGAGGGGUUCAAAUUUUGGUAGUUCAAAAGUUGUGUUUGGUGGGAUGUGGAGGGGGAAAAUCAACAUUUCUCAUAAUUUUGAAUUUUUAUGUCAUAGUUUGGGUUUUUAUCUCAUUACUUUUUGUCAUAAUUGUAACUUCUCAUAGUUUUGUUUCAUAAUUCCAUUUUUUUUUAAAUUUCACAAUUAAGUUUUUCCUUAGGAAUAUUCUUUAAACAAGUUAAUGUUUGCUUCUUUCACUGGCAGAAAUUGCGUCCUAAAAUAAAGUGUAUUUUUCAAGGAAAAAAAAAGAACAACUAAAUCAACAUAUUUUUGUUUGUCAUUGUCAAAAUGUUGCCUGGAAAUGAAAUGAGAAACCUGACAUUUAACUUUUGGUGUGCGGAUCCAACAUCAAGAUUGAGCAACAGAUGAUUGGCACAUAAAACCACAGGAAGUGGCUGGCAGGGCUUUCGCCCAGAAAUGAAACUUAGCAGAGGGAGGAAGGCCCAGAGGAAGGACACACACUAGGUGGGAGUAAAGAGAGAGAGACAGAAGCCUGUGAGACGAGGAGCAGUUCAGUCGCUGAAAGAUAUGGCCUCAGCUCAAGAAUCACCCAGAGAGACCUGCAUGCUGGAGAAUCAUCUAAAAUGCUCCAUCUGCAUGGAAACAUUUCAGGAUCCUGUCACUGCAGGAUGUGGCCACUCAUUUUGUGAGAAAUGCCUGGACUGCAGCUUAAUGAUAACUGACCCAAGAUGCCCCCUAUGCAAGGAGCAUCUUAGCAAAACUCCAAAAGUGAACAUCGUCCUGAGAACCGUCGUCGAACAGAUGAUUAAGACUCAACAGAAAGACGACAACGAGUACACUGGAGCGCCCGGCGAGGUGGCCUGUGACAUUUGCACGGAGCGAAAGCUGAAGGCUAAGAAGUCCUGCCUCGUGUGUCUUGCCUCAUAUUGUCCGGCCCACCUGGACAAUCAUUCAUCAACCAAAAGGCUGAAGGGCCACAAGCUGGUGGAACCUGUGGAGAACUUGGAUGAGAGAGCCUGUCUGCAGCAUGGACGCCCCUUGGAGCUGUACAGCACCAAGAAGGAGACGUGCAUUUGUGUAAGCUGUAUGGAUGAAGGCCAGGAGGAGGUUGUUUCAACUGAGGAUGCAUGGAACAAGAAGAAGGCUAAGCUGGAAAACACCAAGACAGAGCUGCAAGAGAAAGUUAACAACAGAAGAAAACAGGUGGAUGAGAUAAAUGCAUCUCUUAAGAGCUGCAAGGAGCAGAUGGACAAUGAGUGGUUCGAUAUUGAGGCUGUGUUCGCAGCUGUGGUUGUCAUCGUGGAGAGAGCCCAGGCAGCAGCUCUUCAGCCACUGAAAGACAGGAGGCAGGCUAUGGAGAAAGAGGCAAAAGACCUCAUAGAGGAGUUGGAAGCCGAGAUCAGCAAGCUUGAGAAGAACAUCUCUGAGAUCGAUGACAUGUCUGCGCUUGAGGAUCACAUCCAUUUCCUGCAGAGUUACCCAAAUCUUCCAGAAAUGGACAACUUUAAAGACUGGACAGAGGUUGAGUUUGACACAUCUCUGACUUUUGGCACCAUGAGACGAACCGUAAAUGCUCUGCUGGAAGAAAUUCAACAGGAACUGGAGAAGCUGACCAACAUUGAACUUCAAAGGGUUCCAAAGUUUACUGUGGAUGUAAAGCUGGAUCCAACCACCGCACACCGAUGCCUCGUUCUCUCUGAUGACGGUAAGGAAGUUAAAGACGGAGGAGAGGAGAAGGAAGGCAAUAGCGGUCCGGAGAGGUUUGAUAUAUUUGCCAGCGUCCUGGGAGUCAACAAGUUGAUCUCUGGGAAGUCCUACUGGGAGGUGGUGGUCAGCAACAAGACCGGAUGGGAUCUUGGUGUAGCAAGAGAUGACACAGACCGUAAAGGGCGACUCUCCCUCAACCCAGAUCAUGGUUACUGGGUUAUUGUACAUUAUGAGGACAAAAAGUACGCAGCCCUGACAGCUCCACCAGUUCGUCUUUCCCUGAAAGAGAAACCCAAGAAGGUGGGAGUGUUCGUGGAUUAUGAUGAAGGUCUUGUGUCCUUCUACGAUGUGACGGCUCAGUCUCACAUCUACUCAUUCACCGAGUGUUCAUUCAAUACCAAGAUCGUCCCGUAUUUUAGUCCGCAUAGAAAACAAGAUGAGAAAAACACUGAUCCCUUAAUUAUUUCUGUUGUGAAACCAAGUGUGCAGGACAUGGACAUGUCAUAAAAAAUGUGUUUGAGUUUGUGGAUGAGAGGCGUUCAAAUUUUGAAUCAAACAUCGUGUUUGGUGGGAUGUUAAAGGGGAAGAUCAACACAUAAUUUUGACCUUCUAGCCAAUAUUAUGCCCUGUUAUGUGAUAGGGGUUUUUAGCUUUUCAAAUCAAGUAUUCAUCAAUGUUUUUACUUUCACUGGCAGAAAUGGCCUCCUUACAAACCAAUAAUUAAAACUGUUAGCCAUUCAUUUAACAGAUAACUAAUCAAAUAUUUGUUGUAGCUCUGUGAACAAUUUGCAAAAUGUAAAAUGUGGACUUCAGGCAAGUUGGUACAUAUUUCACAUUCUCUUGGUUGUUGGUUAUAAAGAUUAUAGGGGAAACUCAGUUAAUAUCCUCUGGGUAUAAAAUAAGUGUUUGUGUGUCUGCAUAGGAUGGAGUCUGUUUUUCA